UAAUUAUAUUGUCUGUGUAGUGAAACAGUGAAGAAAGAGUUCUGUUGUGAAAUCGGACUACAGUUCAACACACUACAUGCUCAACUCAAGUCGAGACACAAAGACAGAAGUAGUUUUUUCUUCUUCCUGACUUUACUUCAGUCCACGACGCUCUCAGAUCAUCUUUUUAAGCACCCUGAGUGAUACCAUUUCAAACCUCGGAGAUGUUUAAAACAAAAACUGUUGUUAUUUCGUGGCUGUGCUUUUGCCAUCUAGUUGGUGUGUUUGCUGAUACAGAUGAAGUGGAGUCAGUGUCAGUGACUGAAGGAGAUUCAGUCACUUUAAACACUAGUCUCACUGAAAUACAGAAAGAUGAUCAGGUUCUGUGGAAGUUUGGACCGAACAGGUCACUCAUAGCUAAAAUCAGUCGAGAGGCUGGAAUCUUCAACACAUAUGAUGGUCCUGAUGAAAGAUUCAGAGACAGACUGAAGCUGGACAAACAGACUGGAUCUCUGAUCAUAACAGACGCCAGAACCACAGACUCUGGACUUUAUGAAGUGUCCAUCAAAAACAGCAGCUCAGAGGCUAAAAACAGAUUCAAUGUUACUAUCUACAGAACAGUCUCAUCCUCUUCUUCUCAUCCUCCAGACUUGGUCUCUCUGACAGUGCUGACUUCUGCUGGGUCUCUGUUGAUUGGAGCUGCAGUCGGGAUCUUCUGCAUCUACAAGAAAUAUAGAAAAACUGAUCAAGAAGUUCAGACUCGUACAGAAGAGAUCACUUACUCUGUUCCAAAGUUCUACAAAAGCAGCGCACAGAAAGCGGAAGUCAAACAGGAGGAUGAGGCGAUGUACGCACGUGUCGCACGAAACGCUGAUCAAACUCGUCAGUGA